AUGUCCGAUUUGCUUGUGCCAGAGACGAGAGUAUUGGCAGUUGCCAGCCAUGUUGUCUACGGGAAAGCUGAUAGAUACAGCCAUGUGGGCAAUACAAUGGCCGAAUUCGUCAUGCAGUCUUUGGGAUGCGAUGUAGCUGCUUUGAAUACAGUGCAUUUUAGUAAUCAUACGGGUUAUCGUCAGUUUAAGGGUACUCGCGCAACCGCACAGGAGAUUACAGACCUUUAUCAAGGAUUAUGCCAGAGUAACCUCACAGACUUUGACGUCAUGCUCUCUGGGUAUGCGCCGAGUGCGGCAGCAGUUGAGGCCGUUGGCGCUAUUGGAAUUGAUUUGCAAACGAAGGCUGCGUCAACUCCUGGCUCAUUUUUCUGGGUAUUGGACCCGGUUAUGGGUGAUCAGGGACGACUAUAUGUCAAUGAUGAUGUUGUCCCUGCUUAUAAGAAGAUGAUUCAGUAUGCAGAUUUGAUUCUGCCUAAUCAAUUCGAGGCUGAAGUCCUUUCCGGAAUCAAAAUCACUUCUUUAGUCACACUAGCAGAAGCUAUCACAGCCAUUCAUCGCAUAUACAAAGUUCCCCACGUCAUCAUCACAUCGGUCCAAUUACUCAAAUUGUCCCACUCAGACUCUACUCCAAACCCACCAGAUAACUACCUAACAGUCAUUGGAUCGACGACACGCUCCGACGGCUCUGCGCGUCUCUUCCGUAUCGAUGUCCCCGCACUCGAUUGCUUCUUCAGCGGUACAGGAGACAUGUUUGCUGCACUAACUGUUGCCCGGUUCCGGGAGGCUGUCUUCGCAGCUGGUCCAGAGUUACGAAAUACAAAGUCGUGGGUCUCGGAUGAUGAGGUGGUUCCUGGUAAUCUUCCAUUGGCACAGGCUACGCUUAAGGUUCUUUCGAGUAUGCAUAGUGUGCUUGAGAGGACUAUGGAGAGCCGUAAUGCGGAGUUGACUGCUGCGAAGCUUGUGUCUGGGCCGGCGGCUGGUGGGGAGUUAUCGGAGGAGGAAUUGCAGAAGUUGGAGCACUUAAGGAGGACCAAGGCUGCUGAGGUGCGGUUGGUGAGGAAUGCGAGGUUUUUGAGGGAUCCGUUGGUGCAGUUUAGUGUACAGGAUUGGUCUAAGGAGGAUCUUCCGGAUCAGUUGUAG